CAUUCUUAUCUUUAUUCUCCUUUAGUUUAUUUAUUUAGUUUACACCGAUAGUUUCAAUUCAUUAUGAAAUAUUUUCAACUAAUCAUCGCAAUAUCUUGCUCCUUUUGUUUUGGAGCAGUUCCAUUUCAAGGUGAAUAUCAAGAUGGUCUCCAAAAUUACAAUGAUUUCCAGAAUAUUUUGCUGGCAGAAGAUCUGGAUUCUCAUGCUGUUAUCCUACCCGCCGAUCUUAACAACGCGUUUCAAGACGAUCUGAUGAACGACGAGGUGUAUGAAGAUGAUUUGGAUAACUUAUUUCCCCUUCCCGUGGCAGAAAUAGAAUCUCCACAAGACGACAUUUAUGAAAGUCAAGACGACAUUGAUGAAUCCGAAAAUAAUGUUGAUGAUCUUUUACAGUUCUUAAACAGUGAUACCGGAGCUUUAGAUUUGUAUUAUUCAAAUUAUGAUGAUAGUUCAGAACUUUUGAAUGAUGAAGGGCUGGAACAGAUUUUGAAGAUGUUAGAUUACGAUGUUGAGUCUAAGGAUUACGAAUUUGCGGCGAAUUUGGAUAAAAAGAUCCCAGCGGAUAACACAAUUCUAGCGGACAUUCAAGAAACAUAUAAAGUGAUGACGAAUUUAAAUGAUGCUGAGAAUGAUAUUGACUAUUUCAACCUGGGAUUGGUUGUUGAUUCAAUCCCUGCUGAAGGGAUCAACGGGAUGGAAGGGAUCGACGGGAUGGAAGGGAUCAACGGGAUGGAAUGGAUUGACGGGAUGGAAGGGAUCGAAGGCGAUCUACUUGAUUAUAAUGAAAUUGAUAACAAGGCUGACCAAGUUCAUGAAAUUGAUUACACAUUUUAUGUGAAUACUGAAGAAAAAGAAGAGAUACGACAGGAUGUGUUAGGUCUACAAGAGGAGAAAACAGUUUUUUAUGAAAAUAUUGGAGAACAUUUUCAAAUUAUAAUGAUUUCACUUUACUUAGGAAUGUUUAUGGGUAUAAUACUUAUUGUGUUUGGAGUAUGUGUAUUAGUCACUAAGUUCUACGAGAUAAGUAAGAGUGUUUGGAUUUCAAGGCAUCAAACCCAUCAACCUGGCUGUCCUCAAGCAAAGGCGAAGAAUGUUCGAUUGUCUGGAAUUAUUAAAACCUACGCUAGGGUUCCUGUUGAAAUAAGGAAAAUGUUUAUCUAUAUACUGAUUAAACUUUAAAUAUCAAAUUUUUUC